AGUAAGAGAAGCGGGAAAGACAAGCGGCGAGGUCCGCUUCUGCAGCUGCAAAAGGAGGCGAGAGGAAGGUCUGCUCGCCACCUGGGUCCGGUGCGCUCGCCCGGCGCGCCCUGCCUUCCUCCCUGCGCUCAGCGCUAAACGAAGGACGGAGAGCUCCGGCUUCUCCGCGCCGCUCGUAAAGAAAGGACCGGGACGGGUCAGGGGCUUUUGCUCCGCGCCGGUGGAUUCUUCGGCGGGGGUUUGGGUUUCGGAGCGCCGGGUCAGGACGGGACUGCGGGGAAGCGGGCGCAGAGCCAGGCGGGCCAGCUGUUGCUUCCUUUCGCCGACUUUGCCUCCCCAAGGCGCGCAGAGUGGAGAUGGACGCAGAGGCAUCAGCCGCCUCCACGAACCAGAGCUGGGGGCUGCUGCCCGGGCUGGACGCCAAUGCCUCCAGGUCGUCCCUGGAGCACCGCCAGAAGGAGAAUGCCCACUUCGCCUUCGAGAUCGGCAUUGAAAACUUCAUCACCCUGAUCGCUUUUGGGCUCAUUUUCAUGCUGGGCGUGCUGGGCAACUCCUUGGUCAUUACAGUGCUUGCCCGGAGCAAGCCCGGCAAGCCCCGCAGCACCACCAACAUCUUUGUCCUCAACCUGAGCAUCGCUGACUUGGCCUACUUGCUCUUCUGCAUCCCCUUCCAGUCCACAGUGUACUUGUUGCCCAGCUGGGUCCUGGGCACCUUCAUCUGCAAAUUUGUCCACUACUUCUUCACCGUCUCGAUGUUGGUCAGCAUCUUCACCCUUUCAGCCAUGUCUGUGGACCGCUAUGUGGCCAUUGUGCAUUCCCGGCGCUCCUCAUCCCUGAGGGUGUCCCGUAACGCACUCAUUGGCGUAGGGGUCAUCUGGCUGCUCUCCAUCGCCAUGGCCUCCCCUGUGGCUCACCAUCAGCGCAUCAUCCAGCGUGACUUCGUUAACCAGACUUUCUGUUGGGAAGUGUGGCCCAAUCUUCAGCACAAGAGAGUCUACGUGAUCUGCACCUUUGUCUUUGGGUACCUGCUGCCUCUGCUGCUCAUUUCUUUCUGUUAUGCUAAGGUCCUCAGUCAUCUGCAUAAAAAACUGAAGAACAUAUCAAAGAAAUCAGAAGCAUCCAAGAAGAAGACGGCACAAACGGUCUUAGUGGUCGUAGUGGUUUUUGGAAUAUCCUGGCUACCACAUCACAUUGUGCACCUCUGGGCUGAAUUUGGAGACUUCCCCUUGACUCAAGCUUCAUUUCUCUUCAGAGUGACAGCGCAUUGCCUGGCUUAUAGCAAUUCUUCUGUGAAUCCUAUUAUUUACGCCUUUCUUUCAGAGAAUUUUAGGAAGGCCUAUAAGCAAGUGUUCAAAUGCCAGAUUGGCAUGAGCUCACCUCUCAAUGAAGUUAAAGAAAAUAAGAGUAACAUUGACACACCACCAUUCACUAAUUCAACACAUGUGUGAACAAAAAGAAUAAAUUUAUUUACAAUACAGGGUUAUCACAUGGAUGGACUUCUUAAAAAUAAGUAAAUGAAAGCACACACCCAAACACAGACACAAAGCACACAAGAUCCCAACAUGAGUGAGUAUUUCAAAGUGUAUGUUGAAAAUUUAUAUUCAGUUUAUUGAAGUUCUGUUUGUAAUAAGAGCUUGAGAAAAGGAUGAGCAACUUUGAUAUAAGAAAAGCUGCGUUCAGACAAAAGACACUCUAAUAGCUUUUUUCUGGAAGGAUUUUUGAAUGAAGAAGACUGCAAUUUUAUGA